AUGAGCCCCAUAAUUCGAGAGCCCCAGUCAUCCACCUCCCGGGGGAGUGCUGGUGUGCAAUUCAUACCCAUCACCACACCAGUGGGAACGUUCAAAGUAUGGACCAGAAAGGUGGGAGACAAUGCACAUGUUAAGAUACUGCUACUCCAUGGCGGCCCAGCGUUUACCACGGAAUACUUUGAGUCUUUUGAGCCUUAUCUGGUAGAUGAUAAAGGCUAUGAGCUAUACUACUAUCAUCAGCUGGGCUCGUACCUAUCCGACCAACCAGGUACUGAACACGAUGAUACGCUCUGGACACCUCAUAGAUUCGUAGAGGAGGUCGAACAGGUGAGGAAAGGUCUGGGUAUUAAUAGUGAGAAUGGAUACUUCGUCGGAAACUCGUAG